AGGGCGGGGCCAAAGAGGAGAGGCCGGACCUUACCCGAGCCCCGCCCUCUUCCGGCGGGGGCGCCCCUGGAGGGCCCACAGAGCCCCCCCUCGACCAGACCGGGUCCAGUGCCCCCUCCGCCCCUCCCCCCGGGCACCGGGGAUACUUCGACCCCAUUGGAAUGGAGCAUUGUGUCUGGGCGGGCAAGUGACUGGAUGCUGCUUGGUUCCAUCCCCACGCCCCCUCCCCCGCGGGGCCUGCGUGACACGUCCCCGGUUGCAGGGCUUCCGGAUGCACGGGGGUGGGGGGGGCAGUGACGUAGGGGGAACGUGCCCUCUAUAUGAGGUUGGGGAGCGGCUGACUCGGCCUUUUCCGCCCGCUCCCCCCUCCCCCCCCAAGCGCCGCUCCGGCUGCAUCGCGCUCACACCGAGCUCCGGGCCCCCGCAGCGCUAGCGCCGCCGCCGCCGCCUCCCUCCUUCCGCCGCCAUGAUCAUCUACCGGGACCUCAUCAGCCAUGAUGAGAUGUUCUCCGACAUUUACAAGAUCCGGGAGAUCGCGAACGGGCUGUGCCUGGAGGUGGAGGGGAAGAUGGUCAGUAGGACAGAGGGUACCAUCGAUGAUUCCCUUAUCGGUGGAAAUGCCUCUGCUGAAGGUCCUGAGGGUGAAGGAACAGAUGCCACUGUAAUCACUGGAGUCGACAUAGUAAUAAACCAUCAUCUGCAAGAAACUAGUUUCACAAAAGAAUCCUACAAAAAGUACAUCAAAGACUACAUGAAAUCAAUCAAAGGCAGACUUGAAGAACACAAGCCAGAUAGAGUAAAACCUUUUAUGACGGGAGCUGCAGAACAAAUCAAACACAUCCUUGCUAAUUUUAAAAACUAUCAGUUCUUCAUAGGCGAAAACAUGAAUCCAGAUGGCAUGGUGGCUCUCUUGGAUUUCCGUGAGGAUGGUGUGACUCCAUAUAUGAUUUUCUUUAAGGAUGGUUUAGAAAUGGAGAAAUGUUAACAAAUUAAGCUGAUUACUUUGAAUCACCUGUCAUCAUAACUGGCUGCUGCUUUUUGUCAUCUACACAACACCAGGACUUGGACAAACUUGGACUGAUGUCAUCUUGAGCUUUAUUCAUUUAUUUUUGACCUUGAUUUAUUUGGAGUGGAGGCAUUGUUUUUAAAAACAUGUCAUGUAGGUUGUCUAAAAUAAAACGCAUUUAAACCCAUUUGAGAGAAUUCCUCUUGGUCUAAUGUUUUUUAAGCUCAAAUUACAGUAACUUGCUACAGUUGUACCUCAAGGAUCAUUGUAGAGAUCAUUGCCUGGUCUUAGGUUACUUUUCAGCAUAUAAAAAUCUUCAGAUAGACUUUUCUACAGUUGACUGCUUGUGAAAAAGGGAAGAGAUGCCCACAAAUGUGCCAACGAUACGAAGUGGACCUUUCUACAUUUUCAUUUCAUCUACAAGCUGAAGUAGAAUUAACUCUGGAAGAGAUUACAUCCAAACUGAAUAAAAUGAAACCAUGUAAAACUA